GCACGUAGGGUGGGUGCAUCCCUGGCGCUGCAGGGAUGGGUGUGCGUGGCAGGGGCGUGCAGGGCACCGAGGGCCGAGCAGCACCUGUGCGGCGGGGCUAGGGGAUUUGUGACUUCUCCAGCUCAGGGUGGGAGUUUGCUGGCGGGAUGUCUUGCCCCGCUCAGAGUGGAGAUUGCAGGAUCACUCCCUGUGCGUGUGGGUCUAUGGCAGAAGGGGAAGUUGAGGCACAGAACUUCCUCUGGCAUGGUGGGCAAAGCUGGGUUCCCCUUUCCCUUUUGGGAACCUGUACUCCCGAUGUGAGCACUGAACUGGGCAGCCUCACCUGGGAUUUGGGGGUGCAGGAGGCAGUGCACUCGGUGCCAGUCCCGGUGGGUGCCAUUUCUGCGUGAUGAGGGUGAUGCUCUGUCAAGGCAGGACACCCCCCACCCCCGGUGUCCCCCGAGCUGGGACGGGGGAAGCUGGCGCGUGGCAGAGGUUGGUGCCGAGGGCACUGUGCCCAGUUGUCCCCAGUCAAUGGGCUUGUUGUGCCUGGUGCUUCUGCUGCUGGGUGCCAGCUGGUAUCCCAGCAGCAGUGGAAGCCCCAGUGGAGACUCCUCCUGCGGAUGCACUUAAUUCCCUCUCAGUUGCCCCCGUGGAACAGCAAUGACCGCGGUUUGGGGGACCAGGCAGGCGAGGGGCUGUGGCAAGAGGUUGCUGUGGGUCCUUCCUCUCUCACGCUGCGGCUGCCGGCGUGGCCAGCUGUUCUCCCUCGGGAGCCCGGGGCGGACAGCGCUGCUGGGGUUGGGUGCCAGCCCCACCAGGGAUGGGGAGCGAGCCCCGGGGUGCUGGUGGCGCCCCACGGCAGAGCCCCGUGGGGGCUGGCAGCUGGGCAGAGGAUAUGUUUGCCGAGCCAGAAACUCCCCCCGCAGUGCCCAUCGCCCUGGCAUCAUGCCUGUGGCCUCGGUUGGGGAGCAGAGAGCCGGAUGUCUCUUCUGUCUCCCUCCCUCCUUGCUUCCUAGGGGGGAAACUGAGGCCUGGGAGCGUUUCCCAAGGCCGGGGCGAGUUUCCAUGGCAAUGGGAGCGGGGGUCCGGGCUCCCAGCUGCCGGCAACCGCCGAACAAGGGAGAAAGCGGGACAUUGAUGGGAGCCCGGCCCCUUGGGCGCGCGUCCCAGCCCGGCUGAAAAUAACCCUCCU